UUUCCGGCUGUUUACGGCUCCUGUCAGCUGUCUGGCGUCUUAUCUACCUCGCAUUAACCUUUUGCCGUAAUAUUUUAAUUCCAAACCGUUUGUUCCCGUUUUGUUAUUAUAUUUUUACAUAUUUUAAAGUUUAAACUUCAGUUUUCGGAACGUGUCACUUCGCAUUUUGUCGCCGUUUGUCUCGUUUUCAAAGUUUUUGUCGAAACUUGACAGACAUUAGCACCACUGCUAGCUGCUAGCCUCCAUCCAACCUUUAAAUAAUCAAUCAGCCGAUCGAUCGGAACCGCAGAAAUGGAUCAAUCAGGACUCGCAGCAGAAACACCCAAAAAACCGUGGGGCCCGGUGGGCCCAGCAGCACCGUCCUGCUCCCUGACAGAUGUGAUGAGUGAACAGCUGGCCUCACAGCUGGAUGAGGAGAACAUCGUCUUCACGUCAGACCCUGCGGGGGACCUCCUGCUGGCCCAGGACUUCCCUGACACCGCCUCAGACCUCAUGCUGGCCCAGAUGCUGCAGAUGCAGUUCGACCGCGAGUUCGACGAUCAACUUCGUCGGGAGGAGAAGAAGUUCAACGGAGACAGUAAAGUGUCCAUCUCCUUUGAGAACUACCGGAUGGUCCACCCGUACGAGGACAGUGACAGCUCUGAGGACGAGGUGGACUGGCAGGACACGAGACGCGACCCGUACAGAGCCGAGAGACCUCAGACGACGCCCAGGAGAGGUUUCAGCGGGAAGGGGAAGAACAUCACCACCAAACACGACGAGGACACCUGCGGGCGCAAGAACACGGCCCGGAUGGAGAACUUCGCUCCAGAGGUCCAGGUUGGAGACGGCUUGGGGAUGGACCUGAAGUUGUCCAACCAGGUGUUCAACUCCCUGAAGCAGCACUGCCACAGUGAGCAGAGACGCAGCGCCAGGCUGCACGAGAAGAAGGAGCACUCCACCGCCGAACAAGCUGUGGACCCUCGGACCCGUCUGCUCAUGUACAAGAUGGUGAACGCCGGGGUUCUGGAGAACAUCAAUGGCUGCAUCAGCACCGGCAAGGAGUCCGUGGUGUUCCACGCCGACGGAGGGAGUCUGGAGGAGCAGCCCGUCCCAAACGAGGUGGCUCUGAAGGUCUUCAAAACCACCCUGAACGAGUUCAAGAACCGAGACCGCUACAUCAAAGACGACUACCGCUUCAAGGACCGCUACAGCCGGCUGAACCCCCGCAAGGUCAUCCGGCUGUGGGCCGAGAAGGAGAUGCACAACCUCACCAGGAUGAAGAAAGCCGGAGUUUCAUGUCCCGACGUGGUUCUGUUGAAGAAACACAUCCUGGUCAUGUCCUUCAUCGGGAAAGACCACGUCCCUGCCCCCAAACUCAAAGAGGUCCAGCUGAGCCCCGAGGACAUGAAGACAGCCUACCACCAGGUGUUACAGAUCAUGCAGCAGCUGUAUCAGGACUGUAACCUGGUCCACGCUGACCUCAGUGAAUACAACAUGCUGUGGUUCGAAGGGAAGGUGUGGCUGAUCGAUGUCAGUCAGUCCGUGGAGCCGACUCAUCCUCAUGGUCUGGAGUUCCUCUUCAGAGACUGCAGGAACGUUGCCACGUUCUUCCAGAGGAGAGGCGUGACUGAAGCGCUGAGCGUCUACGACCUCUUCAACGCCGUGAGCGGCCUGAACGUUCCUGUCGGCGCCGAGGACGAGGCCCAGUUCAUGGCUGAGAUCGUGGCGCUGGAGAAGAGGAACGAGGACCAUGUCCAGAGACGGGGGAAGAAGACGUUCCCCGUGUCCUCGGACGACUCCGAUCCUCCUCUAAAUCCUGACUCCGACGACUAGCUCCGCCCCUCCAUCCACGCUGCGCUGAAAAAUCCUUAGAGGAGAAGAAGCCCCGCCCACUUCCUCCUGGAGGAGGAGCACCUCUUCUGACUGCAGGAGAAGUUUCACCAAACAGGAUCCGAGGGUCCGGCUGAGACCGUCAGUCUUCCUGCUGCAAGUCUGUAUCGUGUGACGACCGGAACCAGAACCUGAACCUUGACCUGCUGAGAAACUAAAAUAAACAACUUUAAUUAUAAUAA